AAAACCAUUUAAUGGACCUAGACUUGUAAAUUUCAUUUUGAGAUGCAUAAUUAUUUCUGCCAGCUUUACAAUUAGCAAUAUAUACAAACAAUAGAGUUUGCCUAUAAUCGGCACUUUACGAUAAAAUUUGAUGGUGUAGUCUAUAUUUGGCUUAAGUCAUUCGUCAGCACCUGAAUAACUAUUGGGUUUGGAAUCAGCUGAGAAAGAUCAGAUCAAUACACGUAAAACCUAGCAUUCUGUCUGGUGUGUUAGUCAACAUGCUGGGCACAGUGAUGAGAAUAGAAAAAGAACCUUAUAUGGAAAAUCAGGAUCUAAUUCUUCGUACAGAUCAUAAUGAGAACCUUAACAGAUCCCAGAGUUUAAAGGUCAGGUCAAGGUCAAGUCCUCACCAUCACAAUAGAUUAGGUUUAACUGUAGAUAUACCCAAUAAUGUAGACAUACAGAAUAACAACAGCAAUGUAGCUACCAGUCCAAAUGUCAGUAAACCAACAUCCCCUCUGCGUUUUGUUGGCCAGCUGUUACAUCUGGGAAAUCGGCCACAGAAUAACAUCUCAAUGAAUGUGGAACGUCUUUUAAGACGAGGUAGUCUUCCUGCUUUCAGGAAAAAGUCAGACGCCAGUAAAAUCCCUGCACUAAAAGCUUUGACAAAGAAAAGUACAACACCAAAAAGUCCCAAUCUUGCCAAGAAACGACAGACAUCACCUGACAAUGUCGGUACAACACCCAAAACUAAUUUAACGACAUUAUCGGUCACAGCACCUUCAGAUGAAAUGGUCCAUAGGAGUACAGAGGAUUUAGAAAGCGAGGAAGUGAGUAGCAGGGACAAUGGUAGCAGUGGAGAAGGUGCCCUUGAUGAAGUUGAUGGACAGACAGAGUGUUCUAUCUCUGAUGUUGAGAGGACUAAACAUGCCAAGGAGAACCUACAGACUAAGAUCAACAAAACAAUGGAAAACAUCAAAGGAGAACAAGCUGUCAAAGAAGAACAUGUGAAUGAAUAUUUACGACUAGCGUCAAACGCUGACAAACAACAACUACAAAGAAUAAAGACAAUAUUUGAAAAGAAAAAUCAGAAAUCAACACAAACAAUUAGUGCUUUGACUAAAAAAGUAGAAAAUUAUCAUAAACGAAUGAAUGACUUAGAUACAUAUGGAUUUACCGGACAUAAACAGGCUAGGGAGCGGUUACGGGACCUGGGUCAAGGCUUUAAGGGAGUUGGUGCAAAUAUUGUUGAUGGUAUUACAGGGUUUUCUGGGGGUGUUGUUGGAAAUAUCAAAGGUGCUAAAGAUCAUAUAAAGGCCAAACCAAGCCAGUUAGCUCAUAUGAUAAAGAAUAAAUUUGGAAGUGCUGAUAAUAUAAGCCAACUCAAGACAUCGAUAGAAGACACAAGUAUUCCAGAAGGGGAGAUUAAAAAUCAGACCAGUACAUUACCAGCUAGGUAUGAGUACAAUUUCAAAUUUUCGGACGAUGAUAACUCAAGCGUGACAUCAGGAUCCGUAGGCUUGUAUCACAAUAGUCCACAGUCAGCCUCCCAGCAUACAUCACAACAACUUCCUGUUAUACAGCAGUCAAUAAAUCUAGAACCAAUCAUACAUGAACUACAGAAAUCACAUGAGGCCAACAAGAUCAUUCAGGAAUCUGUCCAACAAUUGUCUGAUGAGUUUGAAACUUAUAAGAUUACUGCCCAGAGUGAUAUAGCUAUGUUAAAAACCUUGUUAGAAGAAGAACGUUACCGGGUAGAAAGAUUAGAAGUACAGAUAAAUGAUAUGACUGAACUACAGCAACAUGAAAUACAGAAUCUACGACAGGAUAUAACUGGUAUGGAGGAGAAAACAGAAUACAGACUUGACGAGAGGACCAGCGAUAUACAUGACAUGUUAGAGAAUUGUACCACAAGGAUCACAAAGAUGGAGCUUCAGCAACAACAGCAGCAGAUUAUCUCCAUGGAGAUGGUUGAGAAUGUGACCUUUCGAACUUUGUUGACAAAGAUGUUAAAUGUUGUUUUGGCUAUAUUAGCUGUUAUACUUGUUUUUGUAUCUACACUUGCCAACUGUCUUGCACCGUUUAUAGCUAAUAGGACAAGAGUUUUGAGUACGACUGUUCUAAUUGUUAGUAUUGUAAUGAUGUUCAGAAACUGGGACGGCAUCUCUAGCCUAAUAGGAUCUAUAUUUAACUUUCUGAGUAGUUUAUUUCCACAAAGGUGACGAGGAUGGUAAUAGUAUUGAAACUUGAUCUGGUAGUUGGACAUAUCCAAUAAUUAUUCAAAUCUUCUCAUUUAUAUGAACGGAAGGAGGACAUAUUUCUCAAUCAGAGGGAGAAUUCAUUUCUCCUUCCAAGGGAGAAAUCAUUUCUUGACUGGUGGCAACGAACUCAUUUUUACAUUCAAUAUUCAGUGAACAAUUAGGAAUUGAAUGAGGAAUCUGUCUUUAUGGAUCUGAAAUUAUAGGUUGUUAACAGCUGUGCUGUUAUAAUGAUAGUCCAAUCAGAAACAAGCUGUACUGCUAUUUCGACCAAUGGGAGAACUGCUUAUAAUCAGUGUUGUUAUUUCGACCAAUUGAAGAGCUGCUUAGAAUCUGUGAUUUGUGUAUUUGGUGCUGAAUGUUGUCAAUCAAAGUGAUGGAAUACUGACUCAGAAAUUACUGACAGUUGUCAGUGUGGAUAAAAGUGCUCUUUUGAUGACAAUGUUUUACAUUGUAGUUCUUCAUGUAAAUGUGAUUAAGUAUUUUUAAUCAGAUGGGGAUGAUAAUGGUUUUAGAUAAAAUGUUAUUGUACAUGGCCAUUUUUUUUUGUUAAGUGUGAGCAUAUGAUUUUAAUAUGUGUAUGUUGAUUUAAGAGAUUUUAAUAGUUUGCUGUUAAAAGUUCUUAUUUUAAAUGCAAUAGAUUAUUGUAUGGAAAAUGUUUGAAUAUAAUAUUGAUCAGUCCAUUUAACAUUAACAAUGACAGUUUGUUUUCUGGGAACCCCUAUUAACAGAGUUUUAUAUUACCACUUCCAUAUGAAACUUACAUGUAAUUUUUUCAUAGAUAUUCACUUGUUUACACAUAGUAUGAAAUUCCAUUGUUUCAUUAUUGCCAAUCAAUGCAAAGGGCAGAAAUCGUAUUUUAAACUAAACAUUAAUAUAAAAGGGACAUGUUGGAAAGGGACAUAAUUUAUUUAUUAUCUUUCCUUUUUUUUGAAAGAGAGGCAUUUUAACUUUUGGUAAAUUAAAUGUUGUGGAAGACAAUGUAAUAAUACUGUGAUUUUUUUUAUUUUGGUGAAAAUAAUUCUCUAGAAACUGUCUAUUAGAAAACACACCAUAACAGAGAAGGGAAAAAAAUACCAAUUUGAUAUUAAAACUCACAAGUCUAAAACAUAAAACAUUAAUGCCAUGCUAAAUAAUCGAAAAAACUAUAUAUUUUUUUUUAUCAGAAUGCAAAAAAUAACAGAAAUCUAAAGACUGAACAUCAAGAAACCUACAAAAAAACUUGGACUUAAGGUGGUACCUAACACUACAGGGAGAUAACUCUGUAAAAUCAGCUAACGUUUCAAUUACUUUGUGUUGUCUAUAAGGGAAUAUUAAGCUUCUCGAUGAUCAAAAUUAGUGUUUGUCAAACUGCUAUAUAACCAGUGUAAUUUUCGGAUAAAUUGGUUGGGUUCAAAUGUUUUGAAAUUUUUAUAUUUUUGUCAAAGGGUCAAAGUAAAUACUUUGCCAAAAUUUUAUGAAAAUUAAACAAGCCAAAUCAAUUUUAAGGAAGGUGUUGGGUACCACCUUCAAAAACAUGAGCUGCAGAAUGUAUGCAAACUGCUAAGUUACAUUUUAUUAACUUGAUACUGUAAACAUAGUUAUACCUACAGUCGUUUAACAUUGCCAAAAGUUUUAUUAUUAUUGAUGCAAUUAAACAGUGCCAACUGUGAAAUAAAUAUGUUGUAAUUAAUGAUUUAGAGUUCUCUCCCUUUUUAAAAAUGGAGACUUUUUCCUCGCAUUUGUAAAAUUGUGCAUAAAUAUAAACCACUAUUUUUGUUAGAGUCAUAUGCAUUGUUUCUUUGAAUGGAUUUAAGGGUUCAAUAGUUUUUAACAUUACAUUUAUGUUUUUACAGAUUUCAAAGCAUUAGUUAUUGUAUGAAGUAAUUUGCUGGUCAAAUUCACUAUUUAUUCAAUUUGGGACAUUUUUCAAUAUCAUGUUUUUUUAGUGGUAGAUAUCAUUUUUAUGAUGUUCUUUGAACAAGUAUCUAUCAUUUAUUGUCUUUCAUCAGUCAUUUAAUGUUCUCAGAUACAUAUAUAUGUAACUUUAAAACAAUUUUCAAGAACUUUUUUUGAAUUAGGAAUCAAACUUAUAGUGUUUCGAUGCCAUAAGAGUUUAAAUUUCAAAAAAAUACUGUCAAAGAAAUUAAUUUUCUCAUUCAUACAAGUUAAUAUAUUUUUGGGACAAAUUUGUGAUUUCCUUUACAGCUCUUCUAUAAAAGCAUGCAAAACAAAACUUUAAUCAACUUGUUUGCUUGGAUGUUUGCAAAAAAAUAGGUAGGCAGAGGUUCAGUCUGCCUUAUAUAUACUGGGAUUUGAUUGGACAAUAAAAAUUGACAGGAAAAGAAUUUUUUUUUAUUCUCCAAUCAAAUUCCUGUAUAUAUUAAACAGACUUAAACAGACUACCUACCUGUUGUUUUACAAACAUUCAAACAAACAGAGCAAGCAAGUUGAUCAAAGGUUUGCUUUGCAUGCUUUUAUAGAAGAGCUGUAAUAGCUAUCUUUCUUUCUUCCUUUUUCAGGGCAGGGUGACAAACAUGUUUUCCCCCUUUCUUUUUGUCAGUGCUGGUUUUCAUGAUAUUGUUUAUAGGUGUUUAGAUGUAUAUUUUGUUAUGGAUUAAUUAUUAAUUUAUUCACUGUGUUGUGAUAUAUGCAUGUUUGGUAGAAUUGUUCAUAUUUUUAAUCCUGGAAUUCCAUGUAAUGGAAUGUUGUAUGAUUGUUCAGAACAUUGAUCUCUUAGAGAUCAGCUGAUUACUUUAAAUUGACAUUGUUGUUUUUCAUAGAAAAUAUCAACAGACCAGAAUUUUUUUUAAAAAGUUUUGAUGAUCUUAUGGUUUGUGAUCUACCCCAAAAAGUGAGAAAAAACAUCAUUGUUAUGAUAUUUGGUCUUUAAUCCUGACUUAGGAAAAAAUGAUAAUUUUCUCCCAGUAACCUAAUGUAGAUUGCAGUGUCCUAUUACAUCAGUAUAUCAUUCCUCUGAUUGACAAGUUCUAAUGGAACUGAUUUAUCUCCUAUAGCUUUCUCCUAGUUAUCCAAUUGUUGCCAUCUAUUGUAUUACAACCAAAGACUUUGUUUUAACUGUUGUGGUUAAGUAGAUUGUUACUUCAUAUUUUCAUACUACUACAGGACCUCUAACAUAAAAAUUGUACCAUGAGGUUACUUUCUUAAUGGGUAUCAAGCUGACCUAUACAGUAAAAAAUCAUAACUAUAUACUGAUUUCUUUAUGGUUAUUAGGCUGGCCUUUAAAAAAAUAAAGUAUUACUAUGAAAUUACUUUCUUCAUGGGUAUCAAGCUGACCUAUACUGUAAAAAAUCAUAACUAUUUACUAAUUUCUUCAUGGUUAUCAGACUGACCUAUAUAGAAAUAAAUAAUUACUAUGAACUGACUUUCUUCAUGGGUAUCAGACUGGCCUUUAAAAAAAUAAAGUAUUACUAUGAAAUUACUUUCUUCAUGGGUAUCAAGCUGACCUUUAAUUAUAAAACAAUAAAAUGAAGUUCUCUGUCCAUUGGUAUGCAGUUGUAUUAGAAUUGCAACUUCUCAUUCCAAUGGAGACUAUUUGGCCCUGUCCCCUCAACCAAUUAGUCAUGCAUGUGCAAUAAGAUAGGCAUUUAUAUCCCCCUUUCCCCUAUUUUCCCUGCCCUUAUGGUUUAUUGACUUUAAACCUUUUGUGAUAGUUUUCAAGUUUAAGUUUAGGUUCAUUUUAAAAGACCCACUUAUGACAGAUCAGCGGCAUUUUGUUUGCAGUUUUUUUUUAAGCAUUGGCAUU